AUGGACCAAUUGCUUCCACCCACCACAGCUCCCACCGUCACGUCGAAUGUGACAGCCUCGUUUCCCAGCACCGAACCCCAAUCCAAAUCCAAGUCGGAACCACCACCAGAACGAGAAGACAAAUCUUCUGCACAACCCACCUCCCCCGGCGCCGGUGUAAGCGUGUCACAGAUGCAGCACCAAAUCCAAUCGCAUCUCAGCAAUCCCCCGAGCAAGUUCAGCCUUCCGACCCGUCUUGCCGAAUCACUUAAGAGAAACAUCCCGGCCGCGACAAGAACCUACACCAUCUAUGGCCAAACAGAAGCGAUAUUCAAAUUCUGCGCGGCACCCGCCGACUACACCAUCCCACAGGACCAACGAAUGAACAUUCUCACGGGAAAGGGUCCUCCGAAAGCCACGGCACAAGAGGGAGCUGAACUGGGACAACCUCUGGCCGAAAACAAGGAUUCAUGGUGGUUCAGCACGAUUGAUUUGCAGCCUACAUUCUCGACGUGGUCACAAGUUACGUUUCUACACAUGUAUGUGAUCGUCACACAUCUGCGCGCAUCCCUAGAAUCCGAGGCCGAGUUUCAGGACUUUCAUCGCUACCUGAUCGAGCAUUUCUCGCGGACAGCGGAAGACAAGAUGAUUCUGUUGCACAACCUCGCCGCCCAGGGAAUCCGGAGUCGCUACCUCAAGGACCUCUUUUUGCAAUAUCGAGGGAUACUGGCAUCGUACGAUGAGGGACUCGUUAAGGGAGACGCGGUUCUCGCUAGCGCGAUAUGGAGAAAUUUAUUUCGUGCGGAUGAACAGGUGGAUUGGGAGAAGGUGUCUCUCGUCGUCGCGUAUCUACGAAGGGCGGUCAGGAGAGCCGGUCUGUUGACGCUGGACGAGUUGCUCGGGUCGUUGAACACGCAGACUGGGAUCUGGGCGUUCAACCAAUACCAACAAGAGCGUGUACAUCAGCUGGUGGCGGAGACGAGCAAGGGUGUGAACGAAGCUCUUUGA